UUGCACAACUGCAAGCCUCAUUUAAAAAAAUUGUAAGUUUCAGUCAGAAGCCGUCAGCUAUACGACAUUCUCACAUUCUAUAGACUUUAACGUGGUCUAAGGGUUCUAAAAGUUUCAUUCAAAUGUUUCUAAAACCGUAAAACGUAGGUUCUGAAAAUAUGGGUUCGAAAAAUAAGGUUUCCAGAAAUUGCAAGCUCGCAAUUAAAAAUUUCUAGUUUCUAAUGUAAGGCUCGUGGUAAUCGCUAAUUUUGACCAUCUAUAUUCAAUACAUGAAUCUAAAAGUAGACAAAAAUUUCGGUUAAAUCGCACCAAAUCUUGCUUUUUGGGAACAUUGUAAAUGUCAGUCGAAAAUGAGAGUUUUCGCUCAACUGAAAGAUUCAUUUAAAAAAAUUGUGAUUUCUAUUUGGAAGCUGGCAGCUUAAUUAAAUUAACACAUUUUAUAGGCUAUAGAUCGAGCUGAAAAUAUGGAAAAUUUAAACUAGAGUUUUACGGGUUUUGAUAAUGUGGUUUCGAAAAAUCAGGUUUACGGCAGUUGCAAGCUCUCAAUUAAAAAUUCUUAAUUUAGAAGUGUGACAAAUUUCUAAUAAUUCGCAUAAAAAUCUGAUUAAGUGAUGGAAGUAUUCCCAGUGAAAAAAAAAAACGUUUUUGAUCUGCUUCACUUAGUAAAUUGUAACUUCUAAUAUGGAACAGUGAGCCUUGUGAAACUGAGACAUUCCAUACACUACAGCUUGAGAUAAAGAUUCUGAAAAUUUUGUUCAAAUCGCACCCAAUGUCGAUUCUUGGGAAUUUUUCAAAUGCCAAUAAAAAAUAAAUGCUUUAGCUUGGUUGCAACCUUUACUCAAAAUACUCAUAACUUCUAGCUUAUAAAUCAAUGCAAAAACGAAAAUUUUAUUGAAAUACAAGUGCAUUCAAAUUUCAAAAUUAAUUUUUAUGCACAUUGAAAAUGCUAGACCAAAAUGAGUUUUCUAUCAACUGCAAGCUGGAAUUUAAAAAUUCAUAGGUUCCAAACCACGAAAACUAUACGGUUGAAAUUUACCCACUCUAUUCAAAAUAUAUUAUUUUAUAAACUCUCAGACUGGCAUUGAAAUAGGGCUUAUUGCUGAUUUUUCCGAGCGCUGUAAAUCCCAGUCAAAAAUCGGUGUUUUAAACCAACUGCAAGCUUGAAUUGAAAACUUCGUAACUUUUAAUCAGGAACAAGUAUCUACUUGAAACUUAAGCACCCGAUAGAUAAUAAAUGAAUCCCCAGACUGCACAAAUUUCACUGAAAUUGCACCGGUGUCUGAUUUUUUGUGUCCUCUCAAACCUUUUAACAUGCAAAUUAAUGUUGCUCAACAUCCUGCGCAGCACAUGUAAAACUAAGCGCUGUUAAUUUCCUUUUAACCAGACAAAUAUGAAUUUUCGAGUAAAACAAGGAAGCUAAGUAAUGUGAAACCAAGCUUUUACGGUAAAACGCUAACAGCUUAUAUUCUAUAUAAUAUAAUAUAGAUAGAAUUCCUUCUUACGUCCUUGUCCUUUCAAUAAGGGGAGAUAGCAUUUCAUGUUAGGUUCCAUUUCUGAAAGCUAGAAAUGAAAAGCUUUGUUCGGAAGCUUCCCAUAAAAUCACUUAGAAAUCUAGUGUAAUUAAUGACUUCUAGGCAAUGUUUGGCCGAUAGAAUUCAUGAAAAAUCUACCAUGUAUUCCCAUGCUUUCUCCAAGAAAGCACUUUCGAUGAUUCCGACGAAAAAUCCCACAUAUGUGCUGGAGGAAUGUGCACACGUAAAUUGAAACUUUCCGAGACCCAAAUCCGGAUUUGAACAGUUAACAGUUCCAUGCCGAGCCUAAAAACUUCCCUAUUUCGAGGAGAGGUUUCCGUUUAACUGUGUGAGAAAGCAGGAAUUUUGAUAAUUAAAUUGAAGAUACCGUGGAAUUAACCGUAGCGGAUGCUGAACAUGACAAUAAUACAAUUAAAUCGUUAUGAAGAAGCCGCGAGCUUAACAAAGGAGUAAUAUAAUAGACAGUAACAGUAUAAAAGUGAAAACGACAAGGUCUUGAAAAGAAAUUGAUAACAAUCAUGGGAAAUAGCUCAAUUUAUUAUAGCAAGAAAGAAUCUUCGCCAUGCAGAGUUUCGUUAGCGUUAGUCGAAUUUUUGGCUGAAACUUAAUUGGAAAUUUUGAAAAAUUCCCGGGCAGAGUUGCUGAAAUAACUGCGCUUCCACAGUUAACGUACCUUUCGCCCCGAUGGCACAGAACGCCAUAGAAUGCCCGAAAUCUAUUCCGCGCGAAAACGCCUUCAUUAUUCUAUUAUUUGUAAAACAACGCAUUGUUAUUAAUGUUGGCUUCCAGCCACAGCCAUUCAUUAACAGACUGCUGAAGUUCAAGCACCAUAAAGCGAUUAAACAAUGAUUUUGUUGUGCAAGGAAAACUGCAUUUGCUCGCUCUGUAGACAGCUGAAGAGUUUUAGUGAAACCAAAGUGGAAGUCGGUGAUGGCUUGAAAGUGCGCGAUUCGAAAAACAACUGCAGAAAAUUAACGUUUUUCGGCAUGGAACUGGACCUGAACCAGCAGGAGUUUGAAAAGUUUUCCACCAUUGGCAAGAAGGCCAAAAGGAAACUCAAGAGGCUGGAGACCCCCAAAAAAACUGAGCUGAGCAGCAGGCAUAAGUCGGUGAUUUAUGUCAAUGAGGCUGAAGAUUUGCACGAUCGGAAUAUAAAAAGAACUGAAGAAAUCGACAGCGACUUUACGCUGGAGCUAUUGGAGCAUUGCCAGGUCUUGAACGUGGUUUCCCAAAGCACCUUUUCCUACGCUUGCCAACUGUUAGAUGAAGUCACAAUCGGCAGCUACAGGUUUUAUGAAGAUGAUUUUGACGACGAUUUUCCUCUGGGCAUGGAGGCCGACAUGAUUUCUGAGUAUCUAAGUUACAAAAGAUUAUCCAGCAAUUCCCGGACAGAGCACGCAAACUUCCAGACGAACGUGGAAAACAACAACGAAAUCAACAGGAACACACUGAAAAAGGACUCGUCCAGAGUGCACACUCCUGCUAAUAUCAGCAAUGCUGCUAUCAAACCCGCCUUUACCCCAACAGCCACCGAACAACAGACCACCAGUGAAAGAAUGGUAUCACCGAAGAGGAAAGUUGAGCCCUUCCAGCACCUGUUUGUGGCCAAUAAUGUGAAAACCUCCACGUUCAGCGAACAAAUCGACAAAAGCAACCUUUCCACCACGAAAAACAAUCUGAACAACAAUGCAGAGUACAACUGUUCACAUGCAUCUAUUAGUAUGGUUCCAGAGCGGGACACUGGACCGAACAAGGGCCCUGGACACGCCUUUGGGAACUUGAGAAUUGCUCAGAACCAGCUAGCGUCAAAAUUUGGAGGCGAUUUUAACUCAGGUGACGAGCAUCGCAUGGUAUCAGGCAGGAAACACUAUCACGUUAGUGUGCAAGAACUCAGAUUGCAGCAGCAAAGCAACAACAGUUCUUCAGAUGAAAAUCGGUCAUCUGGCCAUGCAAGCAUGUCUGAUACUGGACACAGCUCGCCCAGAGAUGCAGUUAGCGCAGGAAAUGAGCGAUUAAAUGCCGGAGUGAUGAUCCAGAAGCCAAUCAGAAGCAAACUGGCUGCCCAACAUGGCCGAUCCAGGCAUCGGGCUACGCCUGCAAGGUUGCACGUUCCAUGGUCCGGCUCUGGAGGCUUGGAGGACAUCAAGCUCGCAUUGCAACAGUUGACUUUGAGAUCGCACACUUCGACCAGCACCUAUUCGAGCGUGAGCGCCGGCUCAGAAAGCUCAGAACCGGCGAUCAGGCGUCUGAUGCGACAUUCUUCUCUGGAGACGAUCAACACCAAUGUUACCAGCGCUGAUGAGUUUGUUUGGGUUGAUUCGCAUAAUAGACUAGUUGAGCUGCAGCAUUUGCCUUGGAGCAACCAUUGCAUUCUGCGAGUCCUGCAGUCUGGCCGUUGUAAAGAGCACAUGGCUCGAGUGAGUGUUGAGACUAUUCCAAGACUUUCGUAUCUGCUGCAACGCGCCCUGGUGCGGAUGGGCCGCGAAACUCAAAGACUAUCCUCCACUUUGGGCAUCUGUACAAAGCACGACAUCACUAUUUCCUUUAGAAUAGUCCUGUGUCCGCCUCUGGCCGAUUCCUGCAUCAAAGCCUGCCUAAGAGCUGCAGCCAUGCUGGCUGUAUCCGGCGACUGUACGUUGAAACAGAGCAAGUCUUCUAGAGCCGGCCUACAAAUGCAAGUGGGCCGCUUCCAUAGAUGGAUGAAGGACGUGAAUCUAACCAGAUUCAUUCAUGAAUAUGCAGCAGUUUAUCUGUGCGCAGGCAUUGAGAAUCUUCUGGAAGAAAUCCUGCUUCAAUGUCUUCCAAGCGAUUCGGAUGUUAAUCUAACGGCCACUUUGCUGGAACAUGCGAUUGCCAACAAUGGGGACUUGUGGGGGCUGUUGCAGCCCUACGCCCAUCUUAACGCCGGCCGGAUUGCAUCAGGUGCUUUGGCCCUUCCUCGUUGGGCUUCAGUGUCUUCAGUAAGUUCGGGCCGAGACUCCGGCCGGUCGGCUGGCCCUCCUGAAACCUCCCUCAUGACCACCUGCGUAGGCUCUUUGCAAGAACUCCAAGACCUGAUUGGUCGAAUGAAGCCCCGCAUUCCUCUAUGUCCGAAAGCCAUCAGCACCUUGUUCUAUUUCAUGAGAUGUUCGCAGCUCGAGCAUGGAGAUCAGGGAAACUCUAGUGCUGUUCAGGAACUGUGCUAUGAGCGCGCCUAUGUGGUCCUUCCUCCUCUAGUUGAAUGGCUAAGAGUGGCGACAGCUCACGGAGAACAUCGAUUUGCAGCAAUUCUGGAUAAAGACGACAUUAUGCAGGCUGCCCGAUUGCUGUUGCCUGGAGUCGAUUGUCCUGUGAGGGCGUUGGGUGAAGAGGCAGUUAGAGUGAGGCGGAAUAAUGGCAAUGAGGAGGAUCAGGUGGAGGCCACCAAGCAAAUUCAGGUCGAAUUGGCUUUUCGCUUGAUGCUAACAGGCCGCCCAGAGCUGAUCCAGCAAGCUGUGACGCUUCUUCCUGUUUCCACACGUCUGGAUACGUUAAAUCCCCAGGGACACACGGCUCUAAUGCUGGCUGCUGUUCAUAAUGACGAAACCACCCUCAUUGCUCUUCUUGAUGCUGGCGCUUCACUGGACACGGAAACUCCUUCUCCAUCUUCACCGCAUUUCGUGGCAGUUAAUGGGGAAAACCAGCACUGGACAGCGUUAACUUAUGCGGCCUCCAAAGGGCACGUGAGAUGCGCCCGGGCGCUUCUGGAAAGGGGCGCUAAUGUCGAAGGCGGCGCCACUGCCAGCGAGGAGAAAAUCACUCUAACUCCUCUACAGGUGGCCUGUGGGAGCGGCAACGUCGAGAUAGUGGCACUUCUAUGCGCCCAUGGCGCCCAGCCCUUCUUCUCCACGCAAAUCAAAGACAUGCUCAGCUACUCAGCGUCCACUCAGCGCGGCUGCUACAGCGCCCUAUCGGUAGCGGCAGCUCACGGCCACAGGGUAGUUCUUCAGAAGUUGCUGGCUCAGCCUCUGAUGCCCAUCAACAAAGAGGUGCUGAGUCUGGAAGAAAUGCUGGCUGAAGGAGCGCCGAAGGCCUCAGCAACAGCGAGCAGCGCGCCCCAGUUCACCAAGCCUCAAAUCAAGGCUCUACAAGAGGCGAUGUAUCACAGCGCUGAGAACAAUCACUUGGAUAUCACUGUAGAGAUUCGCACGCUUGGAGUGCCCUGGACGUUGCAUUGCUGGAUGCAUUCACUAGGGGCUGCACACGAAGCGCGAUUGGACUGUGUGAUUGAUCAGCUAUUGCAAGAUUUCCUCCAAGUAUGUCCUGAAGACUACGGAACUCAGUUUGUGCAGGAAUGUCUGCCGUUGCUGUUCAAUAUCUUCCGGUACAGCAAGAAAGAAGGCACUACAUUACUUCUGGCUGACAUUUUCUCUACCUGCUUUGGCUGGGAACCAAUCAAGCUGAUAAAGGAGUGCAUGCCGACUGCCUCAUCUGGAUCUCGAAUUGAUACGAAGUACGUCAACAAUCCAGAAUUGAGCGAUGUAACCUUUCGGGUCGAAGGCCGGCUGUUUUAUGCACACAAAAUCGUUCUGGUAACGGCCAGCCCUCGAUUGAGGGCGAUGUUGAGCAGCAAACUGUGCGAAGGCGGCCUACCUACCGUCCAGAUUAACGACAUUCGAUAUCACAUUUUUCAGAUCGUAAUGCAGUUUCUCUAUCAAGGUGGUUGCCAGACUUUGGAACCCGCAUCUGAAGACAUUCUGGAACUGAUGGCAGCAGCCAAUUUUUUCCAGCUGGAUGGUUUGCUUCGUUAUUGUGAGUCCCGGUGUGCUGCCAUGGUGGCUCUGGAUAAUGUAGUUUCCAUGUACAUACACGCCAAAGUAUACAACGCUUUGCGCCUUCUGGAGUAUUGCCAGGGUUUCCUGCUGCAGAAUAUGGUCGCCCUUUUGACCUACGACGACAGCGUGAAGCGAUUGCUGUUUGCGAAAAAACUGCCCAAUCACGACGUGUUGGCCGGCCUGUUGCUGACUCUUCAGAAUCGCAUUAAGGCCAGAAAAAGCCAGAGUUUAAGCAAAAUGAGCCCGCAAAACGCCCCCAAAUAAUACCAUGAUCGAUAGCUUUAUCGGUCAGUUUGCUUUGUGAUGCUCAAAUAUUUUAUUACUGCCGUUAGUUGCGACGAUAAAUUAUUCAUAUUUAUGAACAUUUCCCCAGCUAUUGUCAAAUCGAAGCCAAUAAAGAAUAUGAAAUGAGA